AUGUCACGCAACGUUUCUUCCAAAGAACGGUUUCCGUCAAACUCUCUGUCCAGUGUAGCUUCGAACUAUGAAGAACUACUCGUAAAAAUCGUAUGUGUCGGUGGCUUCACUGGUGGAGUGGGUACCAAAGGCGUCUUCAUAGAUGAUUACCUCGAAGUGUGGCCACCUGUGCAAACGUAUCGUUCUCCACUAAUCAGAGUAAAAUUUUAUUUGAAAACAAUCAGAUGGCAACGAGGCGACACAGAGAAACCGAUUUCUAUCAAGUGUCGUUUCUGGGAGAUAGGUGAACUAGGACGUGUAUCAAGCCUACGGAGGAUUCUCUUUAAGGACUGCCAUGGAGCGCUGGUUUUCUGGGAAACACUAAGGCCUUCUUCGCUGAAUGAAGCUGUAAAAUGGAGGAUGAUGGUAAUGGAGGUUUGUCCGUCUGUUCCAUGUGUAUUUGUUACUGAUAACUUAGGAAAAGUGCUAUCACAAUGGAUUGGGGCUGGCAAGACAUUUGAAAGUGAACUGGCAUUGAAUCAGUUUUGCCACAAUCACGGCCUUGUGAGUCAUUUCGAGAUCGUUUCACGCGAUUGGGUGUCCGGUGAAAAGAGCGUUUUUGGACAAGCUGUGAACUGCCUUAUGAAGGAAAUCUUUCAGAGCGAGCAAACAGAGGAAGAGACCUCGAUGUAAUGCAACUGACCGUUUUAG